AUGAUAGAGUUUGUCCAUUUUUCAUUAUCUGUUGUAAUUGUUUGUGGAAACUUUCUUGUAAUAAUCUCCAUCAUUUACUUCAAACAGCUCCACACUCCUACAAACUAUCUUAUUCUCUCUCUGGCUGUGGCUGACCUGCUUGUUGGGAUUAUAGUCUUUCCUUUCAGCAUGGCAUUCUCUCUCAGCUCAUGUCUGUAUCAUGAAGGUUUAUUUUGUAAAGUGCGAAGCAGUUGUGAUACAUCACUGAGCACAUGUACUAUUCUGAACCUAUGUUGUAUUUCUGUUGACAGGUAUUAUGCAGUGUGUCAGCCUCUGACAUAUAGAAGUAAAAUAAACCAUUGUGUUGUUGUGAUCAUGUUCCUGGUGAGCUGGGGUAUUUCUGCUCUAAUUGGAAUUGGUGUCAUAAUAGCUGGUUUAAAUAAUGAAAAAUGUGAGGACAGGUGUUUAAUUGAUGUUCUCAUGGCAAACACUAUUGGACCUUUUCUAUUUUACCUUCCAGCGAUCAUAAUGCUCUGUAUCUACCUCAGGAUUUUCCUUGUUGCACAGAGACAGGCUCGCGGCAUCCACAACACAAACUGUCAGAGCACAAAGUCUGGAGCAACUGUCAGUAAGAUGGAGAGAAAGGCCACUAAAACUCUGACUACUGUUAUGGGAGUUUUUCUGAUGUGUUGGCUUCCUUUCUUCCUCUGUUUUACCUUUCAGCUUUUGAAUCAUGUGUCAGUGCCAGCUGCAGUGUUUGAAACUCUUAACUGGGUUGCACUGUCCAAUUCAAUGCUCAAUCCAUUUAUUUAUGCCUUAUUUUACAGCUGGUUCAGAUCAGCUUUCAGAAUGAUCAUUACAGGAAAAAUAUUUCAGGGUGAUUUUUCUAACACAAAACUGUCCUGA